AUCUGUACGUCACAGUUAUAACAUGUUUCCCAUUACCACGAGCAAUUGUUGAAAAAUUGAUUUGGUUUAUUAAGGAAAAAUUUUCAAUCAUGAAUCCUGGUACUUCAAGUAUAUGCGUGCUUAAAUCGUUGUUACGACAAACUGCAAGACGGCACCAUGUUUCUUUCUUUUCAACUUCUACUACUGAUCCAUCCAAUGGCUGUGCAAGCAAAGCAACAAAAAAAAGAGUGAAAACACCAAUUGGAAAACUUGAUGAAAUUGAGGAAGGGCAGCAUCCAUAUCAAGAAAAAGAACCAUUGAAGCCUCAUCCAAACAACACCAACCCAGCAACUGGUGAAGUUGGAGGUCCUAAGGGACCAGAACCAACAAGAUAUGGUGACUGGGAGAGGAAAGGAAGGGUAUCAGAUUUUUAAGAAAAUGCCGUUUUGUCAAACAUAGUUUACUUAUGAAAACACAAUACAAAUACUGGAGGUUAUAAA